AUGGGUCAACAGAUAUAUAAUGAGGCAAUGGAAAUAUUAACCACAUUUUACCCAACCCCGUAUAAUUUCCAACCGCCAGAGCAUUUUAAAAUGUGGGAUGAAUUUAUUGAUGUUACACCACCAUAUUAUAUGGUGCAAAAUAAAAAUGAAUUUUAUACUGAAUUUUGGAAUGACUGCAUACAACCAAAACACAAAAAGGCAUAUGACAUGUUGCUAGAAAGCGCUACCACCUAUCACAAUCUAGAUGCAUAUUUCCAGUUGGCUCAAAUAAAUUUAUGGAACGAUUAUAGAUUCAUUGGUAAUAAAACGCAGGGUUUGCAUUACUUGUUGGAAUUUGAAAAAUAUAGUUCUGCACAACCCAAUGGCACAGUACUUUACCAAAUUGCAUGUUGUUAUUCAACAGGUUUAUUUGAAAGAGAGCCAGAUCAGCUAAGAGCCUUGGCCUAUUUGCAAAGGGGCGCAGAAAUAGGUGAAAUGAAAAGUAUCCAAGCUUUGGCUUAUAGAUAUUCACAAGGUAUUAGCACUGAAAAGAAUUUAGACAAGGCAUUGCUAUAUUAUUCAAGACUAUCUGAACUAAUAUACACCAAAUUAAACAACACAUACCCAAAUUGGGAAUUAAUACCAAAUCAGGGAGAAAGUUACAAUUUGAGAAUUCCAGAUUUACAAAACAAAUUAGUGGGCGAAGAAGCUUUAAGUACCACAAGAUCAAGCACAAUCGGGAGAAUGGGUAUUUUACCCUCUGAUGAUUUUUUUACAGAUUAUGAAAAGCCCUUCCAGGUGAAUAGAGGGAAAAGCGGCCUAUUCCAAGUUCAUUCUAAUAUUAUAAGCGGGGAGGAUGAUGAUGAAGGCAAUGAUGACUUAAUGAACGAUAUCAUAAUUUCCUCUUAUUAUCUGGCAGUUAAUGCUUACUACGGUACUUAUGUCCAUGAAAGAAAUCACACAUUAGCUCUUUUAAUACUUGAGAAUAUUUAUUCAGAAUACGAUAACUAUACCGCAACUAUAUCGUUUGACCAGAUGAUACAUUAUAAAAAAUGUUUAACAUUAUUAGGUCACAUGUAUAUGAGAGGUGAUGGGCUUGACAAACCAAAUAUGGAAAAAGCUGCAAAAAUACUCGAAAGGAAAAAUUCCGUGAAUAUUAACAGCUACAAUCUUUAUUCUCCAUCAAACAUUGAUUUGGCACUUAUAAAUUAUGUUUACUAUAAAAAUUCGACCAAGGCGAAGGAAAUAUGUUCUCGGAUAGUCACUGCUGGAGCGGAUAACGGUCGAUGUUCAUAUUAUCUUUUAAAAAUGGGUAAUUCAACCCUAAAUCACAUAACAAAGGAUGUUGAUAUCGAAUAUUUGCAAAAAUCUGCUACAAUAGGAUAUGUACCAGCCAUUUAUUACUUGGCUAAGUUUAGAGAAUCUAAGAUUAUUAAUGGUCCUGCAACAGAAGAUAAAAUACAUGUUUUUAAAAGAUUUGUACACAAAGCAGAAAGUGUAAUGGUGCCAUAUUUAAAAAAAUCAUUCAAUAAAUUGAUGAGCCAAGACUUUGACGGCGCGUUGUGGGGGUAUGCAUUAGCUGCUGAACAAGGUUAUGAAGAAGCACAAACUUCGCUUGCAUAUAUAUUAUACCAACCACCCACUUUAUUUUCAACACCAGCACCAUUGUCACCAAUAAUGGAAGAAAUCGCAUUGUCUUAUUAUAUAAGAGCUUACAAACAAAAUAACCCAGACGCCGCAAUUGUUGCUGGUAAUAUAUACUACAAAAGAGGAGACUAUAAUAAGGCGGUGGCGCUAUAUCAAGGUGCGUCAUCUAAGUUUUCUUUAUUAGGUAUGUGGAAUUUAGGUUACAUGUAUGAAUAUGGUUUAGGUGUACAGCGUGAUUUCCAUUUAGCUAAGCGUUAUUAUGAGCAAGUUCUGGCCCAAAGAACCCUUUUUUUUGGCAUAAAAUUAACUGUUUUAAAAUUACAACUUAAGGAGUGGUACUAUUCUAUUGUUGAUUCCGCUAGAUUUGCUGCCUUUUAUAACUUUUGUGGUGGAAAUGAUAACGCUAGUGUUUAUAAUAAAAUCAAGCAUUUUCUGCAAGAAUUAUAUGAAAAAAGUAUGGUUAACCUUAAAUCAACGUGUGACAAGUAUUUUUUUCUCAACACCAAUCCAAAAAUACAGGUCAAUGUUUAUUCUAUAGACGGAUCGGUAAUAGGCAAUUCAAAUGGUAAUGUAUCACAUAAUUACAAAAACUUUUUUUCCAAGGCACACAAAAAAAUUAACCAUUUAUUACAGGAGUAUGGCUUAUUUUGGGAAGAUAUUAUUAGUAUAGUUAUGAUUGUCUCCAUUUUAAUGAUGUCAUUUUUCGCAAGAAUAUUAGCAAGAAGAUUUGGAUGGAACUUACAAGAGAAUAAUCGUAAUGAAAUUAACAUAAACGGUGGUGAUGGUAACCUUAGAUUCAGAGUGCAAUUUUUUGCAAUAUGA